AUGUCUAAGAUCACAGUCGCCGGUGUCCGUUCCAACGUCUCCGAGCUCCUGGAGUACUCUCUGGAGACCAAGAAGCGCAACUUCUUGGAAACCGUUGAGCUCCAGAUCGGCCUCAAGAACUACGAUCCCCAGCGUGACAAGCGUUUCUCCGGCACUGUCAAGCUGCCCAGCAUUCCCCGCCCCAACAUGGCCGUCUGCAUUCUCGGUGACCAGCACGAUAUCGAUCGUGCCAAGCACGGUGGCGUCGACGCCAUGUCCGCCGACGACUUGAAGAAGCUGAACAAGAACAAGAAGCUUAUCAAGAAGCUUGCCCGCAAGUACGACGCCUUCGUCGCCUCCGAGACCCUUAUCAAGCAGAUCCCCCGUCUCCUGGGUCCCGGUCUGUCCAAGGCCGGAAAGUUCCCCACCCCGGUCUCUCACGCCGAUGACCUCACUGGCAAGAUCAACGAGGUCAAGUCCACCAUCAAGUUCCAGCUGAAGAAGGUUCUCUGCAUGGGUGUCGCCGUCGGAAACGUUGGCAUGAACACCGAGCAGCUGGUUGCCAACAUCAUGUUGGCCAUCAACUACCUCGUCUCGCUGCUGAAGAAGGGCUGGCAGAACGUUGGUAGCUUGACCAUCAAGGCUACCAUGUCUCCCCCUAAGCGCCUCUACUAA